CCCUUGGCGAUUGCAUCGGGACUGAGUAUUGGAAAAGAAGGACCCUCGGUGCAUACGGCUGCAUGUGUUGGAAAUGUGAUUUCAAGAAUAUUCGGGAAACAUAAGAUAAACAAAGCAAAAAUGCGUGAAAUCCUUUCCGCCUCAUGCGCGGCAGGUGUGGCCGUUGCGUUUGGCUCUCCGAUAGGAGGAGUUCUGUUUUCCUUCGAGGAAAUGAGUCACAACUUUCCAAUGAAAACGAUGUUGCGCAGCUUUUUUUGUGCCUUGGUGGCGACCGUAGUGUUGCAGGGAAUGAAUCCUUUUCGGACCGGGAAACUUGUAAUGUUUCAAGUUACUUACGACAGGGAGUGGCACUUUUUCGAAAUUUUAUUUUUCGCGUUAUUGGGCGUUUUUGGUGGAUUGUAUGGCGCACUCGUAAUUAAACUCAACCUUAAAGUACAAUCUUAUCGGAAGAAGUACUUGAAAGAUCAUUGGGUGACCGAAGUUGCGGUUCUCGCUUUUCUUACAGCAUUGGUUGGAUACUUUAAUAUAUUUAUGAAGACAGAUAUGACCGAGAUUUUAGGUAUACUCUUUCAAGAAUGUGAGGGAAAAAAAUCUUAUGAUUAUGAGGGGCUAUGCAAGAAUUCCGAGAUUUCCGAGAAUUCGGGAAUUGUGAGAAUGGUUUUUCUGCUAUUUACUGCGACCAUCCUUAGGACCGGCUUCGUUAUAAUAUCUUACGGUGCAAAG